AUGUCCACCGUGUGUUCUACCUGGGGCGCGGCGUCCAUCAACGCGCCGCGCAGCGAGCCCGAGAUCCAGCGCAACAUGGCCAUCCUGAACGCGGAGGAGGCCGGCCGCCAGGCCAUCCCCGUGUGCGUGGCCGUGCCCACCACGCCGCAGGGCUGCGUCGUGGUGUACGAGGAGGAGACGGAGACGGUGAUGACCAGCUUCCCCGUCUACCGGAUCCUGUUCUGCGCCGUGGGUCAGGCGGGCGGCCCCGAGGAGCAGUGCUUCGGCUUCACCUGCUCACGCGGCGACGCCGAAGAGACGGCCAUCUUCCAGUGUCACGUCUUCAAGUGCGCCGCCGCCCGUGCGUCCGGUCGGGUGUUGGGCUGCUUCGCGCGCGCCUUCAGGAAGCAGUCGGCGGAGGGGGCGGCUGAGGACGGCGUGGACGUGGCGCCGCGCACCUGUCGCUACGACUUCGAGCUGUCCGUUGAGAUGCAGGAGGAGGACGCCAAGGGCGUGUACGCGGCCAUCCCGCGCGACAAGGGCGGCUUCAAGCUGCGCUGCAACACGCAGCGCAAGGUGCUGGUGUCGGUGCGGCAGACGAGCGACCUGCUGCCGCCGCUCACCGUCGAGCGCUGCUUCGGCCUGCUGGUGGCGCCCGGCAAGAACGUCAAACACGGCGACAUGACGCUACUGGAGAUGCCCUCCAUGGGCAGCGUGGUGGGUGAUCGGCACUGCUACAGCGUGGUGGGCCUAUGGGACGCAGGCGACCCGAACCUGACGCUGCUCAACCAGGAGACGCCCAAGGAUCUGCCGCUCGUGAUGUCGAUCGGCGUCGACCUGGUCAUUGAGGGCAUCCACGAGCCGGUCAGGUUCCUCCUGGAGUCCCGGGUUCGGAUCUACCCGCAGUCGGAGCGGUUUUGGUACUUCUCCACCAAAAAGCUUCUUCAGAAGUUCUCGCUGCUCGUUAAGAAGACUGGGGAGCAGCUGGAAUUCGAGAGGCUGGAGAACCUGGGCGAGAUGGAGACAUCCAGGAACAUGCUGCUGAGCCUGAACCUGGCGAGCCUGCCCGGACUUGCGGGGCGGUCUCCAAGCGUCACCAGUCCCGGGUCGCCUGGCCAGGAGGAGAGCGACAACGACGACCCGCUGCCGUCGGGCUCGGGCGAGGUCAGCAAGGACUGCGGCGAGGGCGAGCUGGCGCACUGGGGCGACGUCCUGGCCAAGUGGCGCCUCAACCUGGCGCAGCGGCCGCGCGGCCUCAGCGGGCUGGUGAAGCGCGGCGUGCCGGAGGCGCUACGCGGCGAGGUGUGGCAGCUGCUGGCCCGCUGUCACGAGGAUCAGGACAUGCUGGACACGUACAAGAUGCUCAUCACCAAGGACUCCAGCUGGGAGACGGUCAUCCAGAAGGACAUCAACCGCACCUUCACCGGCCACGAGUACUUCCGCGAGGCCGGCGGCGUCGGCCAGGACUCGCUCUUCAAGAUGUCCAAGGCGUACGCCGUGUACGACGCCGAGGUCGGCUACUGCCAGGGCCUCAGCUUCCUGGAGGCGGCGCUGCUUCUGCACAUGCCUGAGGAGCAGGCGUUCUGCGUGCUGGUCCGCAUCAUGUUCCAGUACGGCCUGCGUGAGCUCUUCAAGGACGGCUUCGCCAUCCUGCACCUGCGCUUCUACCAGCUGGACAGACUGCUGGAGGAGCACCUGCCCGAGCUGUGGAGCCACUUCGCCGAGCUGGGCGUCGAGUCGCACAUGUUCGCCUCGCAGUGGUUUCUCACGCUCUACACGGCCAAGUUCCCACUGUACUUGGUGUUCAACGUGCUGGACGUCUUCCUCCUGAAGGACAUGGACUGGAUCUUCCAGGUGGCCAUAGCUCUGCUGCAGGUGUCCAAGAAGGACCUGCUCGGCCUGGACUUCGAGGGCACACUCAAGUUCUUCCGCGUCUCGCUGCCGAAGCGGUACCGCAACGAGGAGAACGCGCGCCAGCUGGUGAAGACGGCCGUGGCCACCAAGGUCAAGAAGCUGCGGAAGUACGAGAAGGAGUACCUGGCCAUCAAAGAGCAGGAGCGGCUGCGGGAGGACCCGGCCGACCGCCUGCAACGCGAGAACCGCAAGCUGCUGGCGGCCAACCUGCGCCUCGAGCACGAGAAUGACGACCUGGCCAUGGAGCUGGUGGCCAGCAAGAUCCAGCUGCGUCGCAACCUGGACGUGACGGAGGAGCAGUGCGAGAAGAUCUCCCGCGAGCUGGUCACCUCGCAGACCCGGCUGGCCGAUACGGAGGAGGAGAAAGCGACGCCUGCUGGACGAGUCGUGUCAGGUGAAGGAGCUGCUGAACGGGAGGUGCAGAAGAGCGAGUCGGAGCUGCAGGGUCUCGUCACCACCGCCUGUCAGUCGUGCUCGGUCAAGUACGCGUCCGGACGGCGGUGCAGCACCCGCUGGCGCGAUCUCUGCGAGGAGGACCCGGUGCGGGCCCGGGACGCGCGCAUCCGGAGCUCGAGCUCGAGUACGUACUUCAUCCUCUACGACUUCAUACAGUUCUUCAAAAAGGACGACCCAAGCUUCCUGGAGAGGUCCAAGUUUUUGGAAAUUAUUGAAGCCAUCUUUGGGUCUUGGGAGGAAAUGGAGAAGCUGGCCAUUAUAUUCCAGUACACCGAUUGGGACCAUAUUGACGACGGAUAUCUCAACCAGAAGAUGCUGGGAGAUGUGGUUGGGGACUACUACUUUGUGUGCCCCACGAACUACUUCGCGCAGUCUUUCGCUGCACAGGGCAUGAAUGUCUACUACUACUUUUUCACGCAGCGCACCUCGCUGAACCCGUGGGGAGACUGGAUGGGCGUGAUGCACGGCGACGAGAUUGACUACGUGCUCGGCAACCCCAUCAACCAGAGCCUGCACUACACGGCGGCCGAGGCCAACCUCAGCCGACGCAUCAUAGAGCACUACGCCAACUUCAUCCGCACGGGGAGCCCCGUCCGUGAGGGCGUCAGCUGGCCAAUAUACUCCCGAAACCAGCCGCAGUACUACAUCUUCGACGGACGCGUGCGGGGGCUGGGCAACGGGGCCGCGCGCCACCGGCUGCGCAUUCUGGGAACGAGAUGA